AUGGCGGAUUCCAACACCUCACCACCCCACUUCGCCGGCCUCCCCGCCGAACUCUGGGCCUACAUAACCCAACUCGCCGUCCUCCUCGACAACCCCGUUACCUUCAAAUUUAGCACCCCAAAGAAGACCGUGCAGUCCCUCGUCCGCCAACCCUCCAUCCUCCGCACCUGCUGCGUCCUCCGCGCCGAAGGCCUCGCCGCCUACUAUCGCAACAACAGCUUCGUCGUAAUAGGCGACACGGAACUGCCGCGGGCUCUCGAGGGGCGGACAGGCGCCAUGCCUCCGUCCUUUCAAGCGUGGAUAAACGCGAUAGGGCCCGAGAGUCGGGCGCAGAUGCGGAGUCUGUAUAUCACGCAUUUCGCUUCGAUACCUGUGAGGACCGGGUGGGUUGAUCAUUCGAUAAUACGGUAUGUGCCGAUCCGGCCGACGUAUGAGAUUUUCGAGCCGUAUGCGAGGGAGAUGGACGAGUCGGGGUUCGUGUUUAGGCCGUAUACUGUGAAAGUGGAGUUUGAGACGAGGAGGAUCCAGUUGGUGGAUAUCACCAGGGAGGUGGAGAGUCUGUGA